AUUCCUCCAAAUCCCAUCCUCACACUCCGCAACCAUCAACACACACCUCACCGCUGAAGAAACUGGUCUCAUCUAUCGAUCAACAUUGAAUCUAUAUCUGUGAGGAAGAAUUGUAUAAGUGGUAAGAGGAAGACGUGGGAGCCUGAAGGCAGGAAAUAACAGCGAGAUGUGCAAACGGGUGACUAAUACCAGAUUGACUGUGAACUGCCGUGCUGGUUUACUGUACUUAUUUCCUAUCUUCUUCCUGGUUAGACAGGUGCAUCAGCAAAUCAUACUCCCCGUGUGUGGGUGAGCAGAAGUAAGCUGGGACUGCAUCUCUGUUGACUCCUCCGCAGAUUCAGCGUGAAGCAGGGGAGAGAGAGAGAGACACAGACAUGCAGACAGAAUGAAUAGAAAGAAGAGGACAGAGGGAGAGAGGCAGAGAGUGAGAGAGAAGAGUGAAAGCGACAGAAGAUAUAUUUGACUGUGUGGGUGUGUGAAGUAUCAAGGCAUGCAUCAUAAUUGUGGCUUCUUCUUGGAGCAGCUGGACAAGUCAAUGCAUCAGCAGGGCAUUAUUAGUCCUUCAAAGUGUAUUAUUUUGUACUUUGAAACAGUGGGAGCUGUGAGCGCAGUCGGCGACAUUUUCAAAGACAAAAUGGAAACCGUUUUGUUUCUGCUGCCUCAAGGAUUUCAUUAACUGGGAUUACAAAAAUAAACACUUUCGCUGAAGUGAUGCCGCAACUGAUGCGUGGAAGAAUAUGAUGCCUCUGCUCCAUCAAUAAUCCAGAAUUGAAGUCAACAAUUAAUCUGAGUACAUCUUUGUUCCUCUUUGUCUCUAAGAUGGCACUCAGCCCUAUCAUCAUCUGCCUCCUGACACUAAUUGGCUACGGCUCAUCCCACCCCUCUCCUCCUCGGGGAUGCAGUGUGGAUGUGGACCCCCCCUACAGAGUGCUGUGUGACCUGGAGUCGGUCUGGGGUGUUGUUCUGGAGGCUGUGGCCUGCAGCGGUGGCGUCACCUCCCUGGUCCUCGCUGUGCUCCUGCUGGUGAAGCUGCGCUCCAUUUCUGACCCUGCCAGGCGCUCUGGUCUGGGGCCUCUACUGCUGCUCCUGGGCACACUCCUUGGGCUUUUUACCAUCUCUCUGGCUUUCCUGGUGGGGAAGAACCAGGCACUCUGUGUGGUUCGCAGGGCCUUCUGGGGACCCCUUUUUGCUCUCUGCUUCUCCAGCUUGUUGGUGCAGGGCGUGAGGCUCAGGAGGCUGGUGGCUGGGAAGCUGAGCCCGUCGGGCAGCACCCUGGCAGCACUCGGUCUGGCCUUGGCCUUGGUUCAAGGGAUAAUCUCCGCUGAAUGGGUCCUGCUGACUGUAGUUAGGGAGGGUCACCCAGCCUGCGAAUAUCCACCUUUAGACUUCGCUCUGACAUGCAGCUACACUCUGGGGCUGCUCCUCAUAGCCAUGGGUCUCUCUCUGGGGGUGGUUCUCUGUGGAGGAGAGCUGGCAGCAGAUGGAGGAGGCAGUGGCGAAGAAGACAGAGAAGGAGAGAGUGAAAAACGGAGAUGGAAGUGUAACGCCGUCUGGCUCUUUCUGUCCAGCCUGGCAUCAGCACUGCUAUGGGUGGCCUGGCUGGGGUUUUACCUUUACGGCAGCCAAGCAUUGAGGGGAAAGGGGAAAAGAGGAGGACAGAAAGAUGUCAAAGUGCUGGAUGAGCCUGCGCUAGCUGUGGCCUUGGUCAUUCAGGGCUGGAUCCUGCUCCUGCUCCAUGCCAUACCAGAGACACAUCUGUGUCUCCGGAAACCUCCACAGACCAACACUCAAGAUUUCUUCGACACCAGUAACACGUCUCCUCCUCCACAUUUUGGAGAUGAUCUUCCUGCACACUCUCACCGACCCUUCCCAGAAAACCAGGCCUUUUCCAUGGAGGAGCGCAGUGCAACUCUCCGAAGCGGAACAUACCACGGCAGCCACGGGAGUGUCCGUCCUGGCAUCGCCUUCAGAGGCCAGGUAUACCAACCUACUGAGAUGGCUUUGGUCAUGAAUGGGGGUACAAUGCCCACAGCUCCAAUUAACUACACUGGACGACGGUUAUGGUAAUAAGGGCUGAGAUUUGAAGAGGAAACACUCCAGUCACAUUGGUAAUGUAGAAGAGUCUGCUGUCGCCUAAGAAGAAAGAAAUAUGAACAUCACAUAUCAUAUAAUGGAUUGACUUCAUGCGAAAUAGAUAUCUUUAAUGUGUUUGUGUUUCUGCGCACAUGUAUGGAGUUUACACUUUAAACUAAUAGUAUUUUUGCUUAAAUUUCCUUAAUUGCCUCAGAAUGGAUAGUAACUCACAAGAGAUGGAGACAGCAUUUACGGUGCAUUAUUUUGAUCCACACAGAUCAGCACAUGCAGUCAACUGUAAUCUGUACGUACAGUAACAAGGAGUGUAUAAAUAGAUGUUAUAUAGAUAAGGUAAAUAAAAAAUAGAUAUGUAUUGAACUACUAAAUGAGCUGCUUUUAGGGGGAAAGCUGAAAGAGAGAAGUCAGCUUAAAAGAUGAUUUGAAUGUAGUAAACAUUUUUACCUGAGCAGCUCCGAACCAGUGCUGUUCCUUACUUCUGUCUGCUCAUCAUUGAUGUUUGCUUUGUAAAAAAAAAAGAAAAAGAAAAAAAAAAGAGUGCACUUUUUUGUUUGGCUUCAAGCUACAACUCAGACAUGACACCUUUAGGAUGAUUAUGUAAAUGACCUGCAUACGCCUACAAUGCUUGCCUGACCUCUGUAUUUCAUGCUGAAAAACCCCAAAGGACUCCCAUAGUGCUUUUCUCUCUAUUUAUCUUUGCUCCAGUAUCAGUGCUUUUCUACCGUUUGGCACAAUUCAAAAUGUGUGUUACAGAAUGCCAUGUAAUUGGAGCUUGUAAAGGGUUAUGUGAGAGUGUUUUGUCUUUUAAAGAAGGAUAAUAAGCAUAAUUUAAAAAGCCAUUUUAAUACUGCAAUACUAAUUCUGCAGUAUAGAGUUUACUGUUGGAGGAUGUGAUUUUGCACUUUAUCAGCAAUGAUUAUAUCUGGGAGUUGUGAUAUUUGAGAUGCAUGUAAAAGCACAGUUUAAGGUGUAUUUUGUCAAAAAACAAAUAUGUGUUUUCUAGAGUUUUGAUAUUUAAACUAAAGGAUCAUUUGUAAUUUUGAGUUUCAAAAAUUCUCAACAUUGGAAACAGCAUUCGACAAAGCAGCCUGACCUAUUUUAAGCCAACUCUGGCAUGACGUCAUAAAAGGAGUGAGAAAAAAUGUAAAUGUAUACGUUUUUAAGACAACUGGACAAAUCCCUUUUGCAAAGGAAGACAGUGUGAUUAGAAAAACAGUGAACAAAUAGACUCCGUGGUCUGACUGUUUUGUUACCGACUUUUAGCAUUUAUUUACUCAUGAUUUCCCAAAGUCACCCUGGAUUCACUGAAGCUACUGAUCAUUAGAGACACUUUGUUUAUAUAGUAUCAUAAAAAACAUCUGUGAACCCUUUGAAAUUAUCUGAUUUUCUGCAUUAAUUGAUGGCCAGAGCUCACAUAUUCAAGACGAGCCUAAGUGUACUUUGAUAGUGAUCCUAUGGACCAGUGGCUAAUGUAACCAAGUGGCUUUUGUGGCUGAUGUUACAUUUUCAUUGUCUAAUACAGCUACAUGUCCAUUGUCCUCAAUUGGUGCUGUUGAUAAAUAUACUGAUUACUGUAUGCACUACUGUUUUUACACUACACAUAGUGCUGCAUGUUCAUACCAAACUAGUUUCAAGUGAUUUUAGCUAAACUUAGGCUUGCAGUAUUGGUUUUAUAUAUAAAUAAGAUAAAUCCAGAGGGUUCACUUAUUUUUAUCUUCCCUCUGGAUAUUCUGGCAUUCAGGAUUCUCAUAAAUUUUAAAUUCCAUCAAUUACACAGAAAAUAUUUGGCCAUCCAUCAAUGUCAGUUUAUCUGGAAACAUGUACACUGGCAGCAGCUGCUUCAGUAUUUUAACUCUGAGACAAAAAGACAAAUAAAAGUCCCAUCAUAUUUAACUGGAUUGUUGCAGUUUCUAGAGCAACAGUGAAUUCUAACCAGAAUGAUUCACCCAUUUGAAAUGCAAUUGUAACGCAGCUGUCAUCACAUUCAUGCUGUGCCCAUUCCUUUUCGCUAUAACACACAAUUGUCGAUAAUUUUGCUUUGGUGUACAAGUGUGUGCUCUGAUAUUGUACAAUGAAACCAGAGGAUUUUUAUGUAAUAACCCUAUAUAAAGGAUUUUUAAACAUAUACUGCAGAUGUUCCAAAUGUGAAUAAGCACUGGUAUUUCCCUUUUGAAAUGCUGUUAUGAUGAUAGCACUGUCACUGUUUUAUGGCAGCAUAACAUGAAUGUCUGUAAUGUGAUUUGCACAAAGUGGCUAAUACAUCAAUUAACACUUUCUGUUAAA